AUGACAGAACCCACACCCAUCUCCCCGCCUACCGAGACGCCCGUGUCUCCCAUCUCACGUUCCACCACAUUCCCCCACAAGACCUCUAUAGCCGCCGCAACACAAACACCUCUGAUAGACACAUCAGUCCCUGCGAUCAACGCGCAGCCUGUAGAAUUAGACGGCAUACCCACAAGUCCACACGAGCAAGAGCUGAAGCGCCGUGAGACGGGCGGGAGCAGAGUGCUCAGCCCCGCAGAUGGUGACAUUGAUGCUGAGUUCUUGAGCGAGGACGGUAAAGGUGCGGGACAGCUGGGGAGGAGAGAGAAGCGCGCUGCGAUGUUGGCGAACCGGUCCAAGGAUCCCGGGGUCAUUGUGGAUGUACCGGACGAGCCUACCGCGGAUGCUGUUGAGGUAGCGGACAGUAAGGGUAGACAGGGUGUAGAGGCGAGUACGUGA